GGGCUGAUCGAGUUCCCCUCCCCGUCCCCUCCCCCACGCGGUGGGCUCCCCUCCCACCCCGGCCUGGCGGAGCCAUGUCUCGGGGUGGCUGCUGCCCACACCUGUUGUGGGACGUGAGGAAAAGGUCCCUCGGGCUGGAGGACCCGUCCCGGCUGCGGAGCCGCUACCUGGGAAGAAGAGAAUUUAUCCAAAGAUUAAAACUUGAAGCAACCCUGAAUGUGCAUGAUGGCUGUGUUAAUACAAUCUGUUGGAAUGAGACUGGAGAAUAUAUUUUAUCUGGCUCAGAUGACACCAAGUUAGUAAUUAGUAAUCCUUACAGCAGAAAGGUUUUGACCACAAUUCGUUCAGGGCACCGAGCAAAUAUAUUCAGUGCGAAGUUCUUACCGUGCACAAACGACAAGCAGAUUGUCUCCUGCUCUGGAGAUGGAGUCAUCUUUUAUACUAAUGUGGAGCAAGACGCAGAGACCAACAGACAGUGCCAAUUCACGUGCCACUAUGGGACUACCUAUGAGAUCAUGACUGUACCCAAUGACCCCCAUACUUUCCUCUCUUGUGGUGAAGACGGAACUGUGAGGUGGUUUGAUACGCGCAUCAAAACUAGCUGCACAAAAGAAGAUUGCAAAGAUGACAUUCUGAUAAACUGCCGCCGCGCCGCCACUUCCGUCGCCAUCUGCCCACCGAUCCCCUAUUACCUCGCCGUGGGCUGUUCAGAUAGCUCGGUCCGCAUAUAUGAUCGGAGAAUGCUGGGCACGAGAGCCACAGGGAAUUACGCGGGCCGGGGCACUGCUGGCAUGGUGGCCCGCUUCCUCCCCGCUCAUCUCAACGCCAAGUCCUGCAGGGUGACGUCCCUGUGCUACAGCGAGGACGGGCAGGAGGUUCUCGUCAGCUACUCUUCCGAUUACAUCUAUCUCUUUGACCCCAAAGAUGACACCGCACGAGAACUUCGAACUCCUUCUUCAGAAGAGAGAAGAGAAGAGCUACGGCAGCCUCCAGUGAAGCGUCUGAGGCUUCGUGGUGACUGGUCAGACACUGGGCCUCGAGCCAGGCCGGAGAGUGAACGAGAGCGAGACGGAGAGCAAAGUCCCAAUGUGUCACUGAUGCAGAGAAUGUCUGACAUGUUAUCAAGAUGGUUUGAAGAAGCAAGUGAGGUUGCACAAAGCAAUAGAGGAAGAGGAAGACCUCGACCCACUGGUGGGGCGAGUCAGUCAGAUGUUUCGACUCUUCCUGCGGCCCCGUCGGGCACUGUGUUGGAAGCAGGGGACACUGUGAUGGAAGUGGACACGUCGGCUGAGCAGUUCCUGCGGCCUUCCGCAUCCAGCACGGCGCCUGCCCAGGCUCACUCCGCAGCGCCUCCUGCAGCGAGCCCCCCCUCGCCUCCACCGCUGUCCUCUCCAGACCGUGAACGCAGGCCAGCAGCUGAGGCGUCUGGACCGCACACGCACCGUCAGUCUGAUUCUCCUCCUUCUGUGGUUAACAAACAGCUCGGAUCCCUGUCACUUGACGAGCAGCAGGAUAACAAUAAUGAAAAGCUGAGCCCCAAACCAGGGACAGGUGAACCAGUUUUAAGUUUGCAGUACAGCACAGAAGGAACGACCGCAAGCACAAUAAAACUGAACUUUACAGACGAAUGGAGCAGUACUUCCUCCAGUUCCAGAGGGAACGGAACCCACGGCAAACCCGAGGGUCAGGAGGAGGCCCCGGUCCCCCAGAGCUCAGAGCCGCCUCCGGCAGGGGACAGCAAGGCAGAAGCUCCUGAAGAACCCUCGGAGAGGGUGACAGUGCCCUGGGAGGGUGCGUCCGCAGAGCAGAGCCAGACGGACACGGCACGGUCCGACGAGUCCACGUCUGCGCCGCCAGAGUCCAGCUCGGGAGAAGGGGACGACUGCCGCCCCGCUGGCCCUCGCGGGGCUCCAGGAGCUGCCGCCGCGGCUGAGGAGGGCCAGGGCCCAGGAGCGGCUGAGGGAGCCCGCGCCGAGAGCUCCGCCCCCCUCGGCAGCCCCGGGCCCGAGCCUCCCGAGGAAGCGUCGGCCACGGACUCUGCUCUGCAGGACACGGAUGACAGUGACGAUGACCCAGUGCUGAUCCCAGGUGCCAGGUAUCGAGCAGGACCUGGUGACAGACGCUCCGCCGUCGCCCGCAUCCAGGAGUUCUUCCGCCGGAGGAAAGAGAGGAAGGAGCUGGAGGAGCUGGACACCCUGAACAUCAGGAGGCCGCUGGUGAAGAUGGUCUACAAGGGUCACCGCAACUCCAGGACAAUGAUAAAAGAAGCCAGUUUCUGGGGCACUAACUUUGUGAUGAGCGGCUCUGACUGUGGCCACAUCUUCAUCUGGGACCGGCACACCGCCGAGCACUUGAUGCUUCUGGAAGCCGACAAUCACGUGGUGAACUGCCUGCAGCCACAUCCCUUUGACCCAAUUCUAGCCUCGUCCGGCAUUGACUAUGACAUCAAGAUCUGGUCACCACUGGAAGAGUCUAGGAUUUUUAAUCGGAAACUUGCUGAUGAAGUCAUCACCCGGAACGAGCUCAUGCUGGAGGAGACGAGGAACACCAUCACCGUGCCCGCCUCCUUCAUGCUGAGGAUGCUGGCCUCCUUGAACCACAUCCGCGCUGACCGGCUGGAAGGGGACCGAUCAGAAGGCUCUGGUCAGGAGAAUGAGAACGAGGAUGAGGGGUAGCAGCCCUGGGUGGCCAGCACUGAAGAUGCUUUGAAAUUUGUAUAAGACAUUUAUUAUAUUUUUUUCUUUACAGAGCUUCAGUGCAAUUCUAAGGUUAUGGUUUUUGGAGCUUUCCCCUUUGGGGGAAUAACCUGACUUUGGUGUGGAGUGACUGUGUGCAUGAACUUGGGGGAGUGUGUGAAAAAAACUAGCAGGAUGUUUAAACCUGAGUCCUGGUUGCCAGGGAAGAGGAGUGCUAGCAACGGAAGUGCAAUACUCCCAGCCUCCAGAUGGGGGAGCUUGGAUCACCGUUGCAGAGCAGUUUUCAUGGUAGUGACAAUGUUGGUUCAAAUAAAUUUCUACACUUGCCAUUUGCAUGUUUGUUGCUUUCUUAUUAAAGAAGCUGGUUAUUGUAAGAUCUCCUGAA